GAGCGCUGUCCUGCCCUCCGGGACUCGCCACUCCCGGCCUUGGGCAGUGCGCGGCCCGAGGGUCCCUCAGCCCCACGCUGGAUGCCCGUUCUCCUGCACACCCGCUUUCCCUGGCUUUCAGCCCAAACCUGUCCCUCACCGCUCUUCCCACAGACACCCCAACCUCGCUCAGUCCUCCGCCAGCCAGAGCAAGCGCCUCGUUCACGCUCAGCCCCGGGUUUUAAGGCGAAAUCUGCCCCCGAAAGGCAGCGAGUAGAUGAAGGAAGAGAAGGAAUUAAUUCGUUUCCUGUUGCUUUAAUCCCUUCAUUCUGGUUUUAGCAGCGCCGCCCCGGGCGUUGUGGCUGCUCGCCAGAGCGAGGAGGCCGUGAAUGAGUGGCCGCAGCCGGGGCCGCUCAGGCCGCGGGAGGCGGAGGGGGAAGGGAAGGGAAAGGAAAGGGAAAGGGAAGAGGCUGCCCGCCGCCAGCUACGGCCCCUCGCUGUCCGGGCAGCCGGGCCGGACCUGGCAGCGCGCUGGAACCCGCCGGCGCGGGGCGGAGCGGAGCGGAGGCCCUGCCGUGGAGGGGAGAGGGGCGCAGGCUACACACCCAGCAGCAGCCCGUCCAUGUCAAAGAUCAGGUAACUCUCCCCUGGGCAUCAAGAUCGUUGAAGCACCAGUUGCAGAGGCAGACAUGAAAAGAGCUGUAUCAGGCUCCCAAGGUGACAUACGGGCUUGAAGAUAUGCCAUUCUGAGUGAGGGCAGUGCUUAGGUGCAGCUUCCCAUAGGGGAGUCCUGUCUCAUUUGUAGCCCCAUUCAACUUGCAAACUGGGAGUAAACACAGCUACUGAGGGGACUGUAUCUGCAAGAGGAAACACUGAGAUGGAGGAGAAUGGCAAGGAGUAAUAGAGAAAGGGAAACGGUGAUGAUAUCAGGUGAAGGCAAAUAGCUCAAUGUGUGAGAGUAUCUACAGAUACUACAUCAGAGUGGAGAAGUAUCCAGCAGUAUUGUAUCAGACAACCUUCAAUAAUGCUACAUCUGGCUGAUUUACAAAAUGAGAAAUGGAGGAAGAAGAUGGCCCUCCUCUUACUUCUAAUAAUUUGCCAGUGUACCAUAAACAGUGUCAAAACACACAGUCUUUCAAAGCCCAAUAUCAUAUUACUGAUGGCUGAUGAUCUUGGUAUUGGAGACCUGGGAUGUUAUGGGAACAGAACAUUAAGAACCCCUAAUAUUGACAGGCUAGCAGUGGAAGGAGUGACACUUACUCAGCAUAUAGCAGCAUCCCCACUUUGUACUCCAAGUAGGGCAGCUUUCCUGACAGGGAGAUAUCCUAUAAGAUCAGGAAUGGCUGCCUUCUCACGAGUUGGUGUCUUCUUAUUUUCUGCCUCUUCUGGGGGACUUCCUUCUGAAGAAAUAACUUUUUCCAAACUCCUGAAGCAGAAAGGUUAUGCAACAGCUCUAAUAGGAAAGUGGCAUCUCGGGAUGAACUGUGAAAGCAGGAAUGACUUCUGUCACCACCCCCACAGUCAUGGAUUUGAUUACUUUUAUGGCCUUCCCGUGACUAAUUUUAGAGACUGCAAACUUGGCCAAGGCAGCGUAUUUUUAAAAGGGGUUCAGAAAGCCCUUGUCACCCCAAUCCAAAUCAUUGGAAUCGCCCUUGUGUCUUUGGCGAUAGCGCACUACAUUGGCCUCCUCACAGUACCCUUCCAAGCAUUGGGUUACUUCUUGUUAAUAAUCACAAUUUCACUUGUGGUUUUGAUUUUUUUCUUCUAUCAUUUUCGACACCUAAACUGCUUUUUAAUGAGGGACCAUCAGAUUAUCCAGCAGCCACUGUCCUAUGAGAAUCUUACUCAGAGGCUGACAAAAGAAGCCAUGCAGUUUAUUGGAAGGAACACUGAUGCACCAUUUCUUCUUGUCCUGUCUUAUCUUCAUGUCCAUACUGCUUUAUAUGCUUCAGAAAAUUUCAAAGGAAAGAGCAAGCAUGGUUUAUAUGGUGAUGCAGUGGAGGAAAUGGACUGGAGUGUAGGGCAAGUUCUGGAUGUGCUGAAGAAACAUAAUCUGAGUGAAAAAACUCUUGUAUACUUUACAUCUGACCAAGGAGCUCAUGUUGAAGAAAUCUCCAGUGCUGGAGAAGUCCAUGGAGGAUACAAUGGCAUAUAUAAAGGUGGAAAAUCAACGAACUGGGAAGGAGGUAUUCGUGUGCCAGGUCUUCUCCGUUGGCCUGGAGUGGUACAGGCUGGUGUCUAUAUUGAUGAGCCAACGAGUAACAUGGAUAUAUUUGCUACCAUUGUCAAACUUGCAGAUGCACAGUUACCCUCUGACAGGAUUAUUGAUGGACAUGAUCUGCUACCUUUACUUCAAGGAAAAGUUACUCGAUCUAGGCAUGAAUUUCUCUUCCAUUACUGCAAUGCAUAUUUAAAUGCAGUGCGCUGGCAUCCAGGAAACAGUGAAUCUGUCUGGAAAGUCUUCUUCUUCACUCCAAACUUCAGUCCUGAGGACUCCAAUGGUUGCUAUGAUUCUCACGUUUGCUUCUGCCAUGGAGGAUUCAUUACACAACAUGAUCCUCCACUGCUUUUUGAUCUGUCCAGAGACCCUGGAGAGAAAGUCCCACUGACUCCAGAAACUGAGAGCCGUUUCUACGAAAUCCUCAGGGUCGUACACCAAGCAGUAGAAAACCACACCAGAUCCCUGCAUGCUGUUCCAAACCAGCUGUCAUGGGACAACCUUCUCUGGAAGCCAUGGCUCCAGCUCUGCUGCUCAUCUCUCUUUCAGUCUUGCUAUUGUGACAAUGAGUCAGGAGGGAGUCCACUGGAGGUGCACUCGGGAUAAACAAGCUGCAAUUCCCUUUCAGAAACUGGACCAGGGGAGUGUGGGUGUCUGACUUGAACUUGUGGUACAAGCCUUCAGAAGGUUUUGUUGUGUUGGAGGAGGACCAGUCUUCAAAUACCUAUUGCAGUAGAAGAGAGUUUCAGUCAGAAAAUGUGCCAAGAGAGGGGGGGCAAGACACACCUUUUCUGACUUUAUCACACAGCAUGAAGGACAUGUUGCUGUCCAAUCUACACAUGGGUAGACUUGUGAGCAUUUUCUGUGGGAGAUAAUUUUCUAGACCUUCAGCUUUUUUCUUACCCAGCAAAGAAUUUACCUAUAGUUUCUGUCAAUCUAACAACUACUAAAUGCACUUUCCUGUCCUUUUUGCUAAGUGUUACCCAUUAGUAGGUCAUAGCACUGAGUAAUCAAAAAUAGAGAGAUAAUAGUGGAGAGGUCCUCCUGUGGCAGUCAUUUGGUAACUGAUAGGUUAAGAGCAGACUUGCAACAGAUCUCUAUCAACAAGCAUGACAGGUAUGAAAAAACUGACAGAUUGUCAACAGUCUGACUUUGAAUGUGCCAUAAAAAUGCACAGAGCUAUGUAGUGGAAGACGUUGUGUCCAUAUUAAAAUGAUGCUUCCAAGCAUCCCCACUGUCCUAUUGUAUGGCAGUGACCUUUGUUUCAAAAGGACACUACUUCAAGUGCACCAGUUGUGUGCUUGAGUGUGUACCAUAAGUUUCCAUACAAAUAUAUAUAUAUUUAUAUAUGUGCAAGCCAAAUUCAUAACCCAUAAAUCCUUCAAUCCCUGUUAUAGGCACACUCUCAUGGUGAUAGUCCAACUGAUAAAAGAUUUGAUCCAUACUUGAUAUUUGCGUUACAGAUUCACAUGGUACUAUCCUACAAAUAUAUAUUUCACUAUUUAUUUACCCUACCUAUUCUUCCACUGAUGAAACUAAUCACAAAUAAAAAAAAUUUGGUCUUCCUUUAAAUAUCUUUGCCAUCUUCUAAGCUCUCUGAAUAGGAUCUCUCAUUUUCUGAAAAUAAACUUGGGCUUGAGUACUUAAAGCCAAAUAUAACUGUCUCUGAGUUCUUAGCAAGGUCUUGGGAAAUCUACUGUCCUCGAGGGCUAAUUUUUGUAUCCAUUUUUAUCUCCAUCUUAUUCAGGCACAUUUUCUUUCCACUCUACAGGCAGACAAUCUAUUUUCUUUGGCAUAGAGAUAUAGAAAAGAAGAUAUCAGCAAAAUAGUAAAAUGAUUUGAUGCCUGAUAAUAGAAAGUGACUUGCUCCUUAUCAGAAAGCAGCAGUUAAUUCCCACAUUAUGGCAUGUUAAAACCUGUUUGGGGCAAAAGUGAUCUGUGACUAUAGUAAUGCAGUAGCUUCAGUCAGCCAACAUUAAGAUUGUGACCUGGUUCUUGUGAACUAUUGAAGCCUGUCAUAUAAAAAUCUAUUGUGAUAUAUUGUGUAUUCCUCUGUCUGUAAAACCUAGGUUUUAUUUGAUUUUUCUGUUGCAGUUUCAUUCAAAAUUUCAUUUUCCACAAUAUCCGGAAGCCUGUCCUGGGAAAUGUACUUUUUCCUUGGAGUUCUGUUUUUGAUGUUUCACCUUGUGUUCAUGAUCUUAAAUAGACCUCUGCAAACUCUCUGCAGGUGUCAAGAGUCCCAUGACCAGUAUUUAUCACUGAAUGUACUACAUAACCUUAGGAAGAAAAAUGCCUCUCAUUUGAAUAUAAUUAUUCUUCUAUGAGAGUGGCUGCCUCUCAACAUCAUGGCAGGAUCUGUACCUCCCAAAUUUUCGGUCAUCACCAUGUGGCCCUGGAGCCCCUUGGGACAUGGCACUGGUGCCAGUGUCUCUCCCCACAGCCAAAGGGCAGUCCUGGUUGUGUCCAGAGUGCUGGAACAUCACAGUGUGGAGGGAUGCUCUUUCCAACUCCCACAGCUCUGCCCCAGCUUACACAAAACCUUUUCAAACAAGUAUUCCUUCCGAAGAAUGUGGGAAAAAAUAUGUCGUGUGUUAGGUAUACAGUGCUAACUCAGACAAGGGGUUUGGUGUUGUUAGAUUUACUUUGUUUCCACGGUUUCUGGUCUGUGUAAAGGUUAGAUUUACUUUGUUUCCACAGUUUCUGGUCUGUAAAGGUUUACAGGGAUCUCAAUUUAUAUUCUCAAGGACAUUAACAUCAACUUCUUUUCAUCAGAAAGAUGCGGAGUUGUUAUUAUUUCUUUUCCUUUCUUUCUGCAAGUGCAAUAAUUCUUUGUUCUGCUAGGCACAAAAGUUCUUCUGUGCUACUUGAUCGAGGUAUCAAAAAUGGUGACUUUUCCACUGCUCUGAUUUCUCCUUGCCUGAAUAUGACAUUUCUUUCAUACCCUCCUUUUUGGCUUUUGAUGCCAUCUUUCUGAUCUCCUUUCUUAAAACAUCCACACCCCUGAAAUACUUUUCCAUCUAUUUCUUUGCCUCUCAGUCCUUCUGUUUGCUUGUCAUAUUGAUUAUAAUGGCUAUUUUGCCCUAAUCAAUCAGAAAAUGAAAAGUAGUCUUUGUAAAAGGAUUUGACUUCUAGGGCUCCUUGACUCUGCUAACCUCCUGCUUAUUUAAGGUCUAGCAAGAAUUACCUUGGUAUUAUGAAAUAUAAGUAAUUAAAACGUACCUGAGAUGCCCCAAAUAAUAAAAACUAUUUCUUGUUUGUGGCAUAAACUUUAUAUUUUCAAAAAUAUCAUUUAGUACAACAUUUAAUACUUUGAAAAAAGCAAUAGAAUAUGAAAUCCAUUUUUACAAUUGUUCCUUCAAGAAAGAUUCUGUGAAGAAAAGGGCAGUAUUUUUCAUACUCUAUGUUAAUACCAUUUCAUUUAAUACCUAGAAUAAACCUUCCCUGUAUUGCAAAUGUAUUAUACCUUUCAGUGCUGUACCUUCUGUUCUGGAGAUGGCAUGUCAGAUCAGGGUAAUUAAAGUAGUCUUGUUUAUCUGCAAAAUAAAAUGUGAAGGACAAUAUA